AUGUCGGACCCAAACUCGUUGACGAAUUGUCGCUUCUACGAAGAAAAAUACCCGGAAAUCGAGAGUUUUGUCAUGGUGAAUGUCAAACAGAUCGCAGAAAUGGGCGCCUAUGUCAAGCUUCUAGAAUACGAUAAUAUCGACGGCAUGAUCCUCCUCUCCGAACUCUCUCGAAGACGUAUCAGAUCCAUACAGAAACUCAUCCGUAUUGGUCGCAAUGAAGUCGUGGUGGUCUUGCGAGUAGAUAAAGAGAAGGGUUAUAUCGACCUGUCCAAACGAAGAGUCUCCGCGGAAGACAUUGUGCGCUGUGAGGAACGGUACAACAAGAGCAAGUCAGUCCAUUCCAUCAUGCGACACGUUGCCGAAAAGACGAAAACGCCCAUCCUGAAGUUAUACGAGGAUAUUGGCUGGCCGCUGAACCGGAAAUACGGCCACGCCAACGAUGCUUUCAAGCUCUCCAUCACAAACCCCGAUGUGUGGAAUGACGUGAAAUUCCCCAACGACGUCGUCAAGGAGGAAUUUCUGUCGUACAUCGGCAAGAAACUGACGCCGCAUCCGACAAAAGUACGAGCCGACGUGGAGGUGACAUGUUUCAAGUACGACGGCAUCGAUGCUGUCAAGGAAGCACUGAGACAAGCCGAGGCAAGGAAUUCUGCGGAAACACAAGUCAAGGUCAAGUUGGUCUCUCCGCCACACUAUGUCCUGACCAGCCAGUGCUUGGACAAAGGGAUGGGCAUUCAAUUGCUCGAGCAAGCAAUCAAGGAUAUCGAUGACAACAUCAAGGAGGCAGGGGGUGCUUGUGUGGUAAAAAUGGCGCCUAAGGCCGUGACAGAGCAUGAUGAUGCCGAACUGCAGGCACUGAUGGACAAGAGAGCGCGCGAGAACGAGGAGGUCAGCGGUGAUGAAGACGUGAGCGAAAGCGAUGAGGGGCCAGAGGUUGCCUAA